AUGGCGAGGCCUCGGCUUCCCAGAUCUGGUGUUGGCGGGUCUGUCUCGGCACAGCGUCGGGGCGAGGAGCAGCAGCAGAACCUCACUUCUCCGGCUAACCUCGCUCGGCCUCUACCCUCAGAUCUGACCCUUCACGCUCAGAUCUCUCCCUCUCAAGCUCACCUGCUCGCGGAUCUGGGUUCGCUUGCCGCCAGCCUCCCCCGAUGUCUCUCGGUGGGAGGUCGUUUAGCUUGCGACCCGAUCCUCCGCCCUCUUGGCUUGCUCUUCGAUUUCCCCCUUGAAGUCUCUCAAAGGGAAGAUCUCGGAGUUCGCCGUGUUGAGACCAGCGGGACCAAGCCCAACAUCUCGACGAUCGGUGCGAACCAGUUCGACGAUUUUGACACGAAGGAGAAGGCCCACAAGCUCUCCUUCUUCAACUGGUGGAUGUUCAGCGUCUUCUUCGGGGCACCCUUUGGCAACACCGUCCUCGUGUAUAUCCAGGACAAUGUGGGCUGGGCCCUUGGUUACGGUCUCCCUGCCCUUGCGCUCGCGGUCGCGAUUGCGAUCUUCCUUGCGGGCACCCCUAUGUACCGGCACCGGGUGCCUGCAGGCAGCCCAAUCACGAGGAUGGCGCGGGUCAUCGUGGCCGCCACGAGGAAGUGGAGGGUGCAGGUCUUGAGCAAUCCGAACGAGCUCUGUGAGCUCGACCCGCAAGAGUAUGCCAGCAAAAGGAAAUUUAGGAUCGACUCGACACCAACCUUGAGAUAG